UCCCGAGCAGACCCUGAGGUGACUCCACCCCUCGCAGGCAUUACACUUGACUGAGGUGGAGUUGUGGUGUAAUCGUUGUGGUGGUUCUUAGAGGGUUCUUUAGAAACAUGUUCCUUGUAUACUUGGUUUGGUUACUGCACUACUUGACCUUAAAAAAAGUUGCGCCUCUAUAAAAUAAUAAUUGGUUCCUUUUCCAGGCCACAGUUGGCACAAAACAACGCUUCUACAUAAUCGCCCAAUCACCACAGGAAGAGUUGACCACACGCAUCUUCUGGCAAUGUGUUUGGGAAGCAGACGUCUACUUGAUUGUGCAGCUGUCGGAAGGCUUAAACUAUAUGCCACCAAAUAGCAAUCAGCGGCUCGAGUUUGGACAAUUCCAAGUGUAUCAGGAAUUCUCACAAACCACAGAUCGUUGCAUCACCAGCAAACUACGUCUAUUUCACAUACAAUCGCGUCGUUAUCGUUCCGUUUGGCAUUUGAACUACACCAAUUGGGGCGAACAGAAUUGUCCGCGUGAGGUCAAUCACUUUUUAGACUUUCUCGAGGAAUUGAAUUCAGUGCGUAUGGCAUCGAUUAACGAAGUACCGCCUGGCCAUAAUACCAAUCCGCCAGUGCUUAUACAUUGUUUGGAAGGUGGUGGACGUUCGGGCGUCACGUUGACCGCUGAUUUGCUACUCUAUACGCUGGAUCAUAAUGAGGAUUUGGAUAUACCACGCGUUAUUGGUCAAUUACGUCAUCAACGUGAUAGCAUCAUACCGUCCUUAGCGCAGUAUAAAUUCAUCUAUAGUUUACUUAUAACAUAUCUUAAGCGUACGCGUUUGAUUUGAGCGCCAAUUGCAAUUCGCUGACUUCAAAUCACUUCCCCCACUCUUGUGGCCAUUAUUACGAAAUUUACGCAAUUCUAAAUUGCAAUAGUUUUAAAUUAAGAGCAAAGAAAACCGAAAAAAAUAAAGCGUGUCGCAAUUUACAACUAAACAUGUUAAAGUUAAGAAACGAUAUUUAUAUUUUUACAAAACAAAUGUAAGCAAAAAAAGAGAAAAAGAAAAACAUAAUUGAGACACAAUGCAGUGAACGAACAACUAAUAAUAUGCGAUAAACUAGCAACUAAGUAGCAUUGUAUACAACCUAUUUUAUUACAUACAUACAUACUUACAUACAUAUUACAUAUAUGGUGCUUCCAUCUAAUUAAAACAAGUGACGAUGCCACUCGUUAAACUAAAAUACAUAACGUCCACACAAAGUUUGGUUAAAAAUGGUCUGUUUUCAAUGCAACAGUCGAGUUUUGCAUUGAGGCAUUUGAAAACUGCCAUUAAAGGUUGAAAAUUUAAUAAUCGGUUGUAUUGAACUGAUCUGUAUUGUUAUACAUAUUGUAUUUUUUGAAGAUUUGAAGACAAGUGUUAGGUAUUUCAUGCAACUUCCAUAUCGUUAUGCAUCAAAGUUUCAACUUAUAAAUUGCACACAUACAUAUCUUGUUACUCUACACUCCAUAUCAUUGAAAAACUUCAAUUAGGCAUUAUUUUUAAAUUGUUUAUGAGCUUUUGAGAAGCUUACUGAACAACAUAUGUAAAUCGCAUGUAUCAUGUUUUUUUUCUUGUUACACUUUAAGGUUUUGAGCCUGCUAUGUCUGAUGUAUUCUAUGCAUGUAUGUAUGUAGGUAGUGUUUAAUAUAAGUGCAAAAGUAAGUGCCUCCAGCUGCAUUGGCAGCUCAUUUAAGUAGACAACAAAUUUAUUAUAAUAUGUAUGCUAUCUAUAAAAAAUAUUUUUAAUUUUUUUUUUUUUUAAUUUUGGCAGCAUGGAGGAUGAUAUUGUGACAGAAAAAAUAAUGACUUAUUAGAACGAACGAAGCGUAGUAUAUCAUUGUAGUCAGUCAGUUUUAUUUGCACAAAAGCAAUAUUUUAUUGCUUUUGUUGUAAUUCAUAUAUUAUAAAUUUAUCAUAAGAAAAAUUAACAAUAAAUGAUAUCAUUCAUUAACAAUG